UCCAAUAAUCGCGGAAUUCUGGUCCACAGGAGUCGGCCGUCGAAAGCGAGUUAUGCUGACUGGGAAGAAUGGCGACGGAAAGGACGAGGCAUCGUGGAAAAACUUCCUCCGACAGCGGCUUGCCGGCCUUUUAAUCAGUGCUCGCGUGUGUUCUUCGUGGGUGGCUAUGGCUUCCUGUUCAUGGCGACCUCAGAGAUUUCCUGUUUCACACGUUUAUCUUUUCCAUUUGAUUUUUUUGGUUGGAAAUUACUGGAGUUAAUAGACUCUUGAUGAAUAGUCAACGGUUUACGACGAGUUUUUUUGUGUUCUCUGGGCUUAAGAGAUGAUGACACGCGACGUCUUCCUCUCUUCCUCCUCCACACUCGUCUGCUCUGCUCCCUUUUGAUGGUGAAUAGCCACGGGGCGCAAUUCCGCGCCGAAUAGGUUUUCAGUGCUCUGAUCCCACGCCAUGUCGGCUUCACCUGCCGUGUUCGCCUGGCCGAACACCCCUUCUCGAACGGCGGCAUCGCCGAGAAACAAUAGGUUGUUGGUGAAGCCCUUUCUCGCUGGCGGAAGCGGCAGGAGGUCGUCUUUGUGUGGAGCAUUCCUGAGGAAUUCGAUUCAGAUUGAUCGGCGAUUCGGCAUCGAAAGUUUCAGGACUAAAACCGUGAUGGAGUGGCAGGAUUGCAGGGCAGUAGUGGAAGUUGAAGUUCCUUGUUCAGUAGCUUAUGACUAUUAUUCAGAACGUGAGGCCAUUCCCCGUUGGAUGCCGAUGAUAUCAUCCGUAAAGGUGCUAAAAGAUAAACCUCAUUUAUCAGAAUGGACCCUUUCAUAUGAAUAUUUUGGCCGAGAUUACACAUUCUCAUGGCUUGCUCAUAAUUUACAGCCAAUGCCCAACCAAAAGAUUCAUUGGCGAUCUCUUGGUGGUACCCCUAACAGAGGAGCUGUUAGAUUUUUCCCAAGAAGUAUAUCUUCCUGCACCGUUGAACUCACCGUUUCAUAUGAAGUUCCUGUAGUUCUCUCUCCUUUCACUUCGGCACUUAGACCAUUUGUGGAAAGCUUUCUUCAGCGUGGCUUGGACAGAUUUGCAACAUAUGUUAAAGAAGAUUAUGCAGCAUAUUCUCAAAACGUUUAACGUCUUCUAUUAGUGGUUAAUUUAGCACGCCAAGAAUAUGGAUGUCGAGGUGCAUACACCACCCACCAGAAGCUUUCCUCAUGCAACUUUGAAGAAAACCUGGACCUAAAUUCUCUCAGGACGGUGGUAAAUCUCCUUAAGUACGCUUGCUUGACCUCAAGUUAUGCACCUAUGUCAGCUUCUCUAAAGAGUCGUUCCUUCGGCGUGGUUUGCCCACAUAAAUUUAGAAUGUUAUGCUACCAUAGAGUGAAAAGCUGAUAUUUCACGUAACUGAUAAUGUUCAGUACCAAUUGAAACAAUGAUAAGCCAGGGUACUUCCAAUAGUGUGCUGAAACAUGUUACUGAGUCUGCUUGCUUGGUCCAAAACCUUAUGCUGCAUUCAAAUUGGCCCAGGCUGACAGACUUGGUUGCUUUGCAAGGGUGUGAAACACCCUGAAGGGCAGCCUGAGGGUCCCGGCAUGCCUUGGUUUCUGCAAAAGGCAGGCGCAACUGGAUUGG